AUGAGCGAGUUUAGCAUCAGCGAGGCCCUCACGGCAUAUCUCGACGACCCGCAGACCAUUCUCACCCCCGACGCCGACGCCGCGCUUCUUGACUGCGAAAACGAUCCGGAUUCCUUCUCCCCUGGCCUGAUCAAUGGAGUACUGCACGGCGUCGCAGAAGCGGUGGGCGAGAAUCCCGAAGCCAUUCUCCAGCCCGCACAUCUCGACAGUCUGCAGUUCCUGCUCAAGCAGACUUCCUUCAUCCCUUCACAAUCGCUCGGCAAAGUCUUCGAUUUGGUAAUCAGCGCGUUGGGCGCAGAGGCGCAAAUUGUGCAUCAUGAAGAGCAGGACGGUGAGACCGAGAUGGCAGCCCAUAAACGUAUCCUGGAGAUCCUGGCAUUCCUGCUGCAAUGGUGCAUCGCAGCGGUAGAAGCGAAAUGCGCCGAGAAGCCUGCUGCGCCCGCACGAGGAAAGGGCGCKAAGGGCGCGAAGGGAAAGGCAGCGCAAAAGGACGGCACAUGGGACCCCUCCUCCCAGCUUCAGACUGCACUGGACACCAUGGCCAAGGUCAUGAAGCUCAAACUGACACGCAUCUUUGUCACGACCAGCGAGAGAGACACCUUCAUUGGGCUGUUCACCCGACCGACUUAUCUGAUUCUGGAAAGUGAAACACGUGUGAAGAGCACCGCGAUCCGCAUGCACGCUUUCAAGGUGCUGUGUGUUGCCAUCAAGCACCACGGACACGCGUAUGGUGCGCAAACCAGCAUCAUCCAGAAUCUGACCUACUUUGAGCAUCUGGCCGAGCCGAUGGCCGAAUUUUUAAACAUUUUGGCUGAGCAGUAUGAUUAUCCACAGCUAGCAGAGGAGGUGAUGAAGGAGCUUUCGAAUAAGGAGUUCUCCGCMAACGAUACGAAGGGACCUAAAUCGGUCUCGACCUUUGUUGCGCGCCUGUCAGAGCUGGCCCCUCGUGUGGUUCAACGCCAAGUGACCUACCUAGCUAAACUUCUGGAAAGCGAGAACUACACCCUUCGUUGUGCCAUCAUCGAAGUGUGCGGUAACUUGAUUGCUAUGCUGUCCAAGGUUGAGGAGAGUGAGCGAAGAGAAGAGCACAAGGGACAAAUCAGUGCCUUUUUUGACGUAUUGGAGGAGCGUUUCCUGGAUAUUAACCCCUAUUCGCGCUGUCGAGCUAUUCAGGUGUACGUGAAAUUGUGCGAUCUUGACACCAAAUACCCGAAGCGGAGACAGAAGGCAGCUGAGYUUGCAACCCAGAGCCUGGAGGACAAGUCCUCGAACGUACGACGGAACGCCAUCAGACUUCUUGGCAAACUGAUUGGGACACAUCCUUUCGCUGUUCUCCACGGUGGACAACUGAGCCACAGGGAAUGGAGUGAACGUUUAGACGUUUGUGAGACCGAGCUGAGCAAUCUCAAGCCUCCAGCUGGGACCCCUGGUCUUGGUGAGCGCGCCGAGAAUGAAGCCACCGUUGACGAAUCGCUUUUGCUUGAGGCCACACAAGUGGAGGGAGCGGCCGAGCAGGCACCAAGGACCGAGGAAGAGAUCGCUGCGCAAUUGGCAAAGUCCCGCGAAGAAGCGGCCACAGCUGAAGCCAUGAACAAGUUGCAACUCACCAGACGAUACUACGUGGAAGCCCUCAAGUUCAUCGAGACCCUGCAUGAGGCCUCACCACACGUCACUCAACUUCUGUCGUCGAAGAACAAGAGUGAAGUCAUCGAGGCUAUGGACUUCUUCGUCACUGCCGAUGCGUACGAGCUGGAGACGGCCAAGACUGGAAUCCGGCGUAUGCUUCGCCUCAUCUGGACCAAGGGCAACAGCGACGAAGGCAAAGGUGUCCAGACACAUCUUAUUGAAUGUUACAAAGGCCUCUUCUUCGCUGCACCCAGCAACUUCAAUCCAAAUGAUGCGGCUAACUACGUUGCGCGCAACAUGAUAAGUCUGACCUUUGGGUCCACACCGGCAGAAUUGACAAGCUUGGAGCAACUUCUGGCAACAAUGAUGAAGGAGAAAGCCAUCAAUGAGCUCGUGAUCCAGAAGCUGUGGCAAGUUUAUGGAGUACAAAAGAGAGAAAUCUCCAAAUCACAGCGUCGUGGCGCUAUCAUCGUGCUCGGUAUGCUGGCCUUGGCUGAUCCUGACAUCGUCGUGCGGGAGAUGGAAACUUGUCUGCGCAUUGGUCUUGGGGCGAUUGGUCGACGCGAUCUCGUUCUUGCUCGAUACACAUGUGUCGCUCUUAUGCGAAUGACAAAUAACAAGCACGCUAAAGGCACUGAAGGGAAGCCAAACAUUAGGCUUCCCAAUGACCACGCCGUCCUGAUCCGGCUCGCAGAUCUCCUAGAAAUUGAGACCGAUAGCAAGGAUUGGUAUGGAUUAGCUGAGCAGGCGACCGGAGCGAUUUACUCUCUCUCGAAGCACCCAGAUGUGCUGUGCUCCGAAGUUUUGAGGCGGAAAACAAGAGCCGUCUUCGCACAAAAGACAUCGCCCCCGAAGGGRGAUGCUGAGGACGCGAAGCCGGAUACUAGUCAUGUCGACGGCGAUGGUGACGUGGAGAUGAGCGAAAUGCCAGAAGACGAACCAUCAGAGGCGGAAGAGGCGCCAGCCGCUGAAGAACCCUCUUCAGCGGAUGACAGCAGCGACUCCGCCCUGGCGCUGUCCCAACUCCUUUUCGCAGUCGGUCACAUCGCACUCAAGCAGAUUGUCCAUCUCGAGCUGUGCGAGCAAGACUUUAAGCGUCGAAAGGCUGAAAAGGAGAAGAGCAAUCCAACCCCUGCCAAGAAAACCCCUGGAUCGAGAACAUCUGCGGCGAAGAAAACCGACGAAAAGAAGGAAGAAGAGCAAGACGAGCUUGAUUUGAUGGCGGGCACUACUGAAGACGAUUUUACGGAUGUCAUCCAGCACGUUCGAGAGCGUGAGCUCUUGUUCGGUCAACAGUCUUUGCUGGCACAGUUUGGUCCCCUCGUUAAAGAGAUUUGCAGCAACAACACCUCGUACCCGAACGCGGAGCUGCAGGCUCAAGCUGCGUUGUGUAUGGCAAAACUCAUGUGUGUGAGCUCGGAGUACUGCGAAUCCAACCUCGGCCUACUCAUCACUAUCCUCGAGCGAUCACCAUCUUCAAUCACACGAAGCAACCUUGUUGUGGCGUUGGGAGAUAUGGCGGUCUGCUUCAAUCACCUGAUUGACGAGAAUACUGACUUCCUCUACCGCCGUCUAUCGGAUGCCAGCUUGCAAGUCAAGCGAACUUGCCUGAUGACAUUGACUUUCUUGAUUCUUGCUGGACAGGUCAAGGUCAAGGGCCAGCUGGGUGAGAUGGCCAAGUGUGUUGAAGACACUGAUGAGCGAAUCCGUGAGAUGAGCAGAAUGUUCUUUGCAGAGCUCGCCGGCAAGGACAAUGCUGUGUAUAAUCAUUUCGUGGACAUGUUCAGUCUGUUGUCAGCGGACGAGGAUCUAGAUGAGGAGCGAUUCAGGAAAGUUAUCAAGUUCUUGGCGAGCUUCAUUGAAAAGGACAAGCAUGCCAAGCAGCUGGCCAGUAAACUGGCCCCCCGACUGCAGCGUGCUGAAAGUGAGCGGCAGUGGAAUGAUGUAGCGUAUGCACUUGGGCUGCUACCGCAUAAGAAUGAGGACAUUGCGAAACUGGUUGGUGAGGGCUGUAAGGUCGUUGAGACAGGUGCUUAG